AUGAAGCAUUUGGGUGGCAUCCCCCUUUUGGUACUCUUCGUAAAAUUAUACAUUUACCAAAAUAAUGUUGUGAGCAACGAAAUUGUUAAUUUUAAAAAUCCCUACUUGAGGAACGGCCGGACAGGCAAAAACCUCAUUUUGCAGGAUGCGCAAAGUGGUUUAAACUCAGAAGACAGUGAUCAGAUAGACCGAAAGGGAAACGACAACGUAUUGCCACCCAAAUCGGAAAGAGAGGAACUCCAAACGCAGGCAGAAGAUAGUAAUAAUAAUGAAGACUUAAAAAAACAAAUAGAUGAAUUAGUUAAUAAAGCACAAGUAACAAAUAAAGAAGCUGAAACUGCAGUAACUGAAGCAGGAGCAUCAUUAAAAACAGCAGCAGAAUCAGGAGAGAAAGGAAAUAUGGCUGAAGGAAAAGAAACAGAAGCAGAACAAAAAGCAACAGAAGGAAUAACAGGCGAGGUAAAAGAAAUAAAACCAGAAAAUGCAGAUGAAUUAAAAAAUUUAGCAUCUGAUGCUGUGAAAGACGCAAUGGACGCCAAGAAGGCAAAAGGAGAAGCGCAAAUAAAAGCAGAAAUAGUAAAAUUAGAAGUAGCAAAAGAAGAAGCAAAAAAAGCAGUAGCUAGUGCUAUGAAUGCGAAAGACGAAGCAGCAGCUGCAGCAAAAACUUCAGAAUCAGCAAAACUGGCUGCUACGAGAGCGGCCAAAAAAGCAGAAGCAGAAACAAAAGCGAAAAUGUUGAAAAAUAAAAAUGAGCAAGAUGCAAUCUCAUUAGCAGCAACCAAUAUAAGCGUGGACACCAUGGUAACCGAGGUACAACCGGAUCCCGAGUAUCCCGAAGAAUUAAGGGUACUCAUAGAAAAAGGGUUACUAAAAGAAGAUGAAAUAACAAUGAGUGUAGAACCAGAAGCAACAGAAGUAGUAACAGUACCAAAGGAAGAAGAAGAAAUAGUUGAAGCAAAAAAAGAAGUAAAAGAAGAGUCAGCUUAUGCGGUAAAAGAGGCAAAACUAGAAGAAUCUCAUUCGCAAUCAGAAGACGAACAAGAGGCACAAAAGGCAGCAAGAGAAGCACAACAGUUAGCAACAGAAGCCGAAAAAGAAUUAAAAAAAGCACAAGAAGCGGAAGAAGAAUUAAAAAAAGCAACACAAGCCAUAAAUGAAGCAAUGCAAAAAAGGAAGCAGAGAAGGCAUCUAAUGAAGCACAAGAAGCUCUGGAAAAAGCAAAAGAAGCUAUGGAAAAAGCAAAAAAAGCAGCAGAAGAAGAAGCAAAAAAAGCAAAAACGAAUAAAGAAGACGCAGAAAAACAAAAAGAACUAA